AUGAAGAAGGUAUGUGUGCUAUUUCUGCUCACAACUAUUAAUCUGAUUGCCAAAAUAGUUGCUGACUUUGCUCAAAUCCCCGUCCGAUACAACGUGGACUACGCGAAUGCGGUGAGCUCCAUGUCCGUCAGCGACCCCAAUGAUUGCGUGGCGCUGGGCGACGAUGACACAAUAAAUGCUAUCAUUUAUUAUACGAAUGGAACUUGUCUCGGGUUUCAGUGGAUCGAAAGUUGGCUACCUUCUUCGGAAAGUGUACAGAGUAAGCCGAAGGCAGAGAUGACCGCGUUUUGACGAUAACAGAUCGCUAGAUUUUGCCCAAACUUGUUAUUAGUAACAACACUUUGCAUACAAGAUACUUUUUUAACAUUAUAUACGGAAAAUAAAGUUGGACGAAAAGCAGCUCAAGUUUAGGGCACAACUUGAGAUACCCGAGAUUCCUUUCGCUUUUCAGAAACUACCUAGAUUUUAUAAGUAAUCGAAAAAUUUACGUUUUCAGCAACCUUCGGCCUUUGAAAUUUAAUUACGCUUUUUAAAGAAAAAUUCAAAGUUUUCCUUUCCGGAACCAAAAAGUUAUAGGAAGAAGCCGUGUUUACUCUUGCCAACUCUCCUCAUUUUGCGUGCUCUCUUGCAACGAAGGCUGUUUUUAAUCCAGAUUGGCAUCAAAAAUUAGGAGCGGAAUCUCUCAGCGAGCUGUUUCGUAAAAACUUAAAAAUAAUUUUGACAUUACAAGUGCUCUAAGCUCUGUAAAGCGUCAACUAAAUGUUGAAAGUAUUGUAAGAAUUCUAAUCGACCGUAUUCUUUAGGUAACGGUGUUCGAAACUUUGCAAUAUACCUCAGAACCUUCAAGAAGGCAUGUGAUUGUCUUCCCUCUCAAGCCGCCGAAAUGGUCAUUGUUGAUUACAGUAAGCUCUUAUUGAAAACUAAAUAUUUCAAACUCUCACCUGGAUGACGAGAGUACCAAAAGUUUCUUGAUUAAUCGUGUCAUCUUGAUGGAUUUUCUUUAAAAAGCUGCUUGUUACUCAAGUUUUUUUCAGCAUAUGGAGGUAAAAUAUGUCCCGACACGUACAAAAUUACGUACAACGAAAGCAACAAAUAUUGUUCGGGAACAGUAAGUUACUUUUUUUCCAUAAUGCCAAAGGAGGUGCGACGCUCAGAUUUUGCGCACAAUUGCACUUAUACCACCUAUGAAUUCCCGAAAAUUUCAGCUCUCGCUUUGCAGAGGCAGCCGAGAUAUUCAAUGAUCUUAGUCGACGAGAGAGUGCGCCAAAAGCGGAGAGUGAUCAGAGAAAAAAAUUCUUUGGCGGUAUCUCUGCAAACCUCGCGUGGAAAAAAUUGAUUUUUUUGGAGAGACGUUGCUCUCAUCAAAAGAAAUAUGGCUAUGGAAAAAAUAUUUCGAAUAUUUUGGGUGUCUUUGCAAAGAGCGAGCGAGCUGUGAAUUACGCCUAUCUUACAAGAAUUUAUCUAAAAUUUUAAUAGGUUCCGUUAAAAUGUUACAAUUAGCGUCGCACUUCGAGCCCUAGCGAUUCCAAUUUUCUGCUUAUAUUAAUUUAGAUAGCCAAUCAGAACACUCCGUUUCCCUGGGGCCAUCGAUACCGUAACUUUCGAACAGGCGUCACUUCAGACAAACGAUGGUAUAUGAUGAACAGAGCACGUAAGUUUGCUUCCCAACUCAAUUUUACAAAUCUCAGAGGCCUCCGGAACGACGAAAUACACUUGUGACCAUCCCAAUUGCUUUGUCUCCUAUUUCAAUGGCGAGUAUACCGCCUACACGAAGCAAUCGGUAUAUGUGAACACGACAACACCGCUGAUUGCAAAUGAUUGUGACGGGUAUAUGGCGAACAGUUCGCCAGUCAAACUGGUGAAUUGGUUGUCACGGGGAUUCUUGUAUGGUAAGUUUUGUGAAGUAAAUUAGCUGUACCAGAGACUAGCAGGCCAAAGCUUUCAGGAAUUACUUCGCAUUGCAUGACUUUUUUUCUAAACUUCAAGAAAGUCUUACUGUCGCACAAUUAAUGUCAAUCUGUCGUGAAAAUAGUGAGCACUUAGCCGCUGCUCCAAUCACAAUUGAAAAGCAAUUUGAUUUUGCCGCUACACAAUUUGUUUUCUUCUUGCGGUGAUGCUAUUUUCGAUGAGACAGAUCUGUCGCGACAUUAUUUUCCAGACAGAUUAAUGUGUACUCAGCCGCGCACGUUAAGAAAAAAUAAAAGAAAAACGGGCGCCCAAUGAAAAAGCCUAGAAUUUUUUUUGGCAUUCUGCCCUGUGCAAAUUCGUUUUUGUCCAAAUGGUUUGCAAUAUUUUGACAUAAAGAUUAUUAGUAAAUCACAAGAUAUAUUGAUACAAAUAUAAAGCUCGAGAGUUGCUUAAGCUAAUAGAACCAAAAUAUACCCAUAAUCAUAGUGUUUUGACAGUCUUCCAAGGCGUAGAAUACAACGUCUAAAUAAAAGUUUGUAUCGACGAUACCGAGUCAGAGAGCACUGGAAGGAGAUAUACGCUCCACGUCAAAAAAAAUCCUUAAACUGUUGUUCGAGUAUCUACACCGGUCUCGUCCCGCUUGAUGGGACAGUUUUUUUGAUAUUCGGCCUUGAAAUUUGCGCUAUUUUUAGCCUAGCUCGAACCAUGUUCAGAAAAUUCGUCACGAUGACACCCAUUUAGAAUGCAACAGCGGUAUAAAAAACAGUUGUAUACGACUAGUAGUACUCCCUAGAGUUCCCAUAAAAAAAUUAGGUUAAAAAUUGCUGUUAUGUGCAAUUUGGAUGACAGAUUUUAUGAAUUUUUUUUCGCUGUGAGAACCUUUGCAAUGCCCGAAAUUUCUUGACGUGCCGUGCAACAAUUUCGUCCAACAAUCUCUUUCUUUUUCCAGUAUUCACUUCCGGCGGUCCUCUUGUUGGAAUGUAUCGAAAAAGUGGGACUACAUACGUAAACUGGGACAACACAACGGCCAACAGUUCGGAGGUGAUCUGGAAGAGCGGCUAUCCGGACAGCAGCCAAGGAGACCUUAUCUUUGUGGACAUAGACGCACUGGAGUUGGUCAAUGUGAAGAACAACUCGGGAUACAACUUUCUUCCCUGUAUGGGAACCCCCAUUACUCGGUGA